ACACAAUACAAUACUGCAGACGGAUUUACAGAAGGAGAGGGGCCUUUUCACAACCGUCACGUUAACGCCAACAAAGCAAAGCUACCUAGUGUGAAGAUUAAUCAAUUAGGCGAAAAAGGAAGGAAGGACAAUCAAUCCAUCCCCUCUCACUCGAUCGUUACCUUCAAAAACCCAGUCCAUGGGAGUAUUCGCCUUCCUCGAUUUCCCACUUCUGCUGCUCUUGUUCCUGCGUUUGCCUUCGUCCCAUUGAAUAAGCUGUCGGCAUUGCAUUGCAUUGUCCAUGGGUGCCGACAUUCCUGGAAUCGUUCGACUCAAAUGCUCGGUGAAGAAGUACGCGUGGGGUACGGUAGGGAGGGAGGAAUCAAGUGUGGCGCGCCUGUACGCGAAGAACAAUGGGCAGGAGAUCGACGUGGAUGAGCCGUACGCGGAGUUUUGGAUGGGGACUCACGAAUCGGGUCCGUCCUAUGUGGUGGAGGCAAAUGGUGGGUUUUCGAAUGGUCGGAAGCUCAAGUGCUGCGAUUCAGUUGGUUUGAAGGAGUGGAUCCAGCAAAACCCUAGUGUGCUUGGGGAUAAGGUGCUGCAGAGAUGGGGGCCCGAUCUCCCUUUCCUCUUGAAGGUACUUUCAGUGGCAAAGGCACUGUCCAUACAAGCCCAUCCCGAUAAGAGUUUGGCUGCAAUUCUUCAUAAGCGAAAGCCAGAUGUGUACAAGGAUGCCAAUCAUAAGCCUGAGAUGGCUUUGGCAAUCACCCACUUUGAGGCAUUAUGCGGAUUUGUUGAUCUUCAGGAAUUGAAGAGUGUUGUUCAAAAUGUACCUGAAAUUGUUGAAGUGGUUGGUACUGCUGCUGCAGAUCAAGUAUCGAACAUGACCAAAGAUGUUGGGGAGAAGAAAAUGAAAGAUAUCUUGCAAUCACUGUUUACUAAACUCAUGUCUGUCAGCAAAGGUGUAAUUUCUGAAGUACUUCUCAAGUUGAUAAGUCGACUCAACAGAAAAUGUGAGGCGGGGGAGCUGACAAGCAAGGAAGAGCUUGUUUUACGACUCGAGAAGCAAUAUCCCGGGGAUGUCGGUGUGAUAGCAGCUUUUUUGUUGAAUUAUGUACGGCUCAAUCCUGCAGAAGCUCUGUAUAUAGAUGCAAAUGAACCUCAUGCAUACAUACAUGGUGAAUGCGUUGAGUGCAUGGCAACUUCAGACAAUGUUGUACGAGCAGGGCUUACCCCAAAGAAUCGAGAUGUUCAAACACUCUGUUCUAUGCUCACUUACAAACAGGGUUUUCCCGAAAUCCAUUAUGGAAUCCCUUCAUCAAAUCCUUACACGGUCAAGUAUGUCCCUCCUUUCGACGAAUUUGAGGUUGAUCGAUGCAUUCUCCCCCGAGAAACACAGACUGUCUUUCCUGCACUUCCGGGCCCCUCUGUUUUUGUUGUGGUGUCAGGAGAGGGGGCCUUUCUCACCUUUUCGAAAGAGGUAUUCGUAGUCAUUGAGGGUGACGUUCUUUUUGCUCCUGCAAACACGGAAAUUGCUGUCCAAACUGCUUCCGCAUCCGGUUUGAACUUGUUCAGAGCAGGAAUCAACAGCAGGUUUUUCGAGUGAAUGAUUGAUUCCCCUUCAUUGAGUGCAUAAAUACAUACAUACAUACCAUACACACGUGAUGAUACACCACAAAUUUUUCUAUCUUCAUGCAUUGCUUAUUAUAACACUACAUGUAUAUUUAUCACGUCAGAUCUCUGCACUGUAAUUUGAUCACUCAUUUGUAAUAAUUAACAGAGAGUUCAGUUUAUAUUUUACUCAUGCAAAUUUUCCUU